AUGUACCGGAGCCAGACGGGGUCACAGAUGAGCACGGGCUUUUUCCUGCAACCGAAGUUUGCCCCAACUCCUGCGAAUGGACCCCGGAGGGAAUCUUUGGGACACUUUCCUGAUUUCCUCCAGCUCCCUUCCCAGCUGGCCAUCAUGUGUGGUAACCGGAACCUGGCCAAGGAGGCACAGUGUGAGCUAGAGUUGGGCCUUGGUGGGGUCUUCCACCAGGGGUCCGCGCCGGGGCUCUUCGGAGGCCCGGGGGGCUCGCUCACCAGGCGCGCGGUGACGCUGCGGGUGCUGCUCAAGGACGCGCUGCUGGAGCCGGGUGCCGGGGUCCUGUCCAUCUACUACCUGGGGAAGAAGUUCAUGGGGGAUCUGCAGCCGGAUGGGAGAAUCGUGUGGCAGGAAACAGGGCAAGUAUUCAACUCCCCCAGCGCCUGGGCCACCCACUGCAAGAAGCUGGUGAACCCUGCCAAGAAGUCGGGCUGUGGCUGGGCCUCCGUCAAGUAUAAGGGCCAGAAGCUGGACAAGUACAAGGCCGCCUGGCUCCGGCGACACCAGCUGCACGUGCCUGCAGCCGCCGCUGACGAGAGCCCCGCCAGCGAAGGGGAAGAGGAAGAGCUGCUGAUGGAUGAAGAGGAGGAGGAGGUUCUGGCAGGCGUCUCGUCGGAGGACAGGGGGCGGCGAGCACUGCCGAAGGGCCCCCCGGAGGCGCCCCAUGCCGAGGCCAUGCUUCCAGGGAAGCGGCUGGAAAACAAGGUCCGGGCUCCUGUCCGCUACUGCAUGCUGGGAAGCCGGGACUCCAGCAGGAACCCCCACACUCUGGUAGAAGUAACAUCCUUCGCUGCCAUCAACAAGUUCCAGCCAUUCAACGUGGCCAUGUCCAGCAAUGUGCUGUUCCUGCUGGACUUCCACAGCCACCUGACCCGAAGUGAGGUUGUGGGCUACCUUGGGGGCCGCUGGGACAUCAACAGCCAGAUGCUCACGGUGCUGAGGGCCUUCCCGUGCCGGAGCCGGCUCGGGGACUGCGAAACAGCCGCCGCCAUCGAGGAGGAGAUCUACCAGAGCCUGCUGCUGCGGGGCCUGUCCCUGGUCGGCUGGUACCACAGCCACCCGCACAGCCCGGCGCUGCCCUCGCUGCAGGACAUCGACGCGCAGAUGGACUACCAGCUGCGGCUGCAGGGCUCCAGCAACGGCUUCCAGCCCUGCCUAGCCCUGCUCUGCUCCCCUUACUACUCUGGCAACCCGGGCCCAGAGUCCAAGAUCUCACCCUUCUGGGUGAUGCCGCCCCCUGAGCAAAGACCCAGUGACUAUGGCAUCCCCAUGGAUGUGGAGAUGGCCUACAUCCAGGACAGCUUCCUGACCAAUGACAUCCUUCACGAGAUGAUGCUGCUGGUGGAGUUCUAUAAGGGUGCCCCUGACCUCGUGAAGUUCCAGGAGCCCUGGAACCAGGAGCAUAGCUACCUCGACAAGCUCAAGAUCUCCCUCGCCAGCAGGACACCCAAGGACCAGGGUCUGUGCCACGUGCUGGAGCAAGUUUACAGCAUCCUCAAGCAAGGCAACUAACCGAGGGCCCGGCAGAGCGGGGACUGUCAGACUCUGGGCACCCGGACCCUGCUGCCGGACCAGCGAGGACAGGUCCAGGGCUGUUGGUGGAUGUGCGGCGCCCUCCCUGGGACUCGGCCUGUGACGGUAGGGCCCAGACAAUAAAGGAGACACGC